CGGCAUGAUAGCAUGGAACAUCCAUACUGUGGAAUCCUUUAUAUAGGCACCACUUGGCCUUCAGAAGGCGGCCUAACGCAUCAAAUUCAGCCGAUCUUUGGGUAGAGGCCGAGUAGAGCUCCCAUUCAUUGCCCUCCUCUCGUAGGCAAGAUCAUAACUGAUCGAAAUGGGCCGGUCAGCUGCCCAUCCAGUUUUCGCCCUUCCUUGCCCUCCUCCAAGGUCACCACCGAGACUGCCGCCGGCACCUGGCCCCUUGCGAGUCGUCGCGCUGACCAUAGAUGAAUCUCUAUCUGGUGCAUAAUGACCCAGAACGGACGACACUCGUCUCCUCGAACGGGAUAGCUCACUACCAGGUGCGAACGAUGCGGAAGUCAUUGCUGAGCGGCUCGGCGGUCUCGACCAUCAUCCGACCUGCACCGACGGUCAGCGAGAGCAUCGUCGCGGAGAUCGAGUGGAGGGCAUGGUGCAAGGCGCCGAUUGUCCGGAGCAAUGCGUUCGACGGGACCAUCCAGGAGCUGCCCGUGGACGAACUGCUCUACAAGUCGCCGUCUGCGAGAUUCAGCGCCCUUCGAGAUCUCUGCCACAGCAAGCGGUAUUUCCUCGGGAAUGACGAUAAGGUGUACUGCUGGCGGGUGGUCAAGGGCAUCGGUUCUGUGCUCACCUGUGCGAAGACCCGAGAGGAGGUCGCGCGUUUCACAGAAGAUGACGUUAAGGAAGGAUACUUCCGCGGCCAGAAGAAGUGGUAUCUGCAGACACACCCGUCAACACUCGACAUCGACAUGGUGGUGAUCACGUUCAUCAUUAUGGAGAAGAGGCGAAGGGAUAAGGUGACGGAUCCUCUGGCGGUGCGGGUGCUGGAGCACGACGAGGAUCCCGCAGAAGGAGGCGGGAUUGAGGGCUGAGAAUGCGGGAUUUGCGGCUUCGUUUCCUCCGGGUUUUAUUGG